UAAAUUCCGUUAUAUUUGUUAGUAUUUUAUUUCCGCUAGGGGGCGUGACCCCAGUCGUGGGUGGCGCAGGUAAGAAAGUCCAGAAGGGUGUAAUUCAUAAAGGUCCAGAAAUGCUUCGAGGGCUACAGUUCGCACUUGUCCUUCGUAUCGUGCAGACCUAGUCGUCAUGAUGAUCAUCGUUGAUUUUAUACCCUUCAUCGUAAUCGUGUCAUACUCGUGUGUGCUGUUUUUCGUAUUCGCCUUGUAUCACUUGAAGACUAAUAACGAGAGAAAAUUGAUCAAGAAGUACGAUUCGCCUCCGGCAAAAUUGAAUUUCUCAUGUUCAACACCCGUGAGCGGGUGGAUAUCUCGGCCAAAUUUUCAACUUUCAUCGAUAAGAACGACUUGCCCCAUGGGACCGGCAAACGAACACGGCGCCCUCAGAACAGUCAAAAGACGGCUUUUCCAGUUUAAGAAAAAAAUCGUGGAAAAACCUUUAGAAAAAAUCGAAGAAGUUGUUGAAGUAGAGGAAAGCAUCGAGGCCAAAGUCAACAGGCAGAUCCAGAAGCAGAUUCAUCGACAGAAAAGAUUCAGAUUCUAG